CAUGAGUCUUGGAACUCGACAGUCGUCAUCCAGCUGCUACCGGCAGCAUCGAAGCAAGUCCCACAGUCGUCCUUCUAUCUCGGAGAAGAUAAGAAAGAUUUCCCGCCAUUUGAAUUAGGGUUUUGAGUUUUCGGCUCGAAACCAGAACCAUGGCUGUUCCUUUCUUCAACCUCGCUCCGAAUUUAACAGUAUCAAGGCUCUGCCUAGGAACAAUGACAUUCGGCGAGCAGAAUUCUCUUCCUCAGUCCUAUCGCCUUCUCGACCAAGCUUUCGAUGCCGGAAUCAACUUCUUCGACUCUGCUGAAAUGUAUCCAGUGCCUCAGCGUGCUCAAACUCAAGGGAGGAGCGAGGAGUACCUAGGCCGGUGGAUUAGAGAGAGGAAGAUCUCUCGUGAUCGUGUUGUUGUUGCCACAAAGGUCAGCUUUCUUUUUCCCAAUCUAAGAUGAUUAGUUUAUUGCUAAUUGUUUUCUAAUGUUGGGGUACAGAUUGAGGUACAUUUGAUGGACAUAUUGAUCUCGGUUAAUCUGUGUUUAACUGGAAUGAGGUCUCAGUGCCUGUACGUUACCAAAAUUGUCAAGAGUUUAGUCUUACAGCCAGAAAGAGAAAAAGAAAUUAAGCUUCAUGUCUUUUGUUCUUGGGUUAAAGGUGCAGUUUGAUCUUUUUGGCACAGCAUGAUGUUAAUAUGGUGCUGCCAUAAUGCCAUUUCAGUCAAAAGUUUUGCAUAUGGCACUGCAUCUUAACAUUUGCUGGUUGCAUACUGGCAUUAUUGGAUGAGAUGAAACAUUCUAUGUUUACAGGAAAUGUGAUUUUACUACCUAGUUUUCCUUGCAUGGGGCAGGUUUUUUUAUCAGUCCUUACAACACCUUUAGAAUUUGUGCUUCAUCUGUAAUAAGUGGUUUUGAGAUAGGUUUCUGGGCCAUCUGGGCAAAUGACUUGGAUUCGAGGUGGACCAAAUUGUUUAGAUGCCAGGAAUAUCAGUGAGGCCAUAGACAACAGUUUACAGCGACUGGGGAUGGAUUAUAUUGAUCUCUAUCAAAUUCAUUGGCCUGAUCGGUUUGUAUGUAAAAUUCAGCCUUUUAUUUGUUUUUUUUUUUCUUUUGUCCAAUGGGAGGAGUGGGUUGAUGAAGGGGAAUGAUUUGACAUAACAUUCACAAACCAACAAUACUAGCUUUCUUGGAUUAUGUUUACAAGUCUCAUAUGACUUCUUU